AUGGGUGGAGGAGGAAGUACGCCUUUGACCCCCUUGGCAUGUAUGUUAAAACAUUUCAAAGAUGCCUACAUUAGUCAAGAUUACGGCAUAAGAUGGAGUAGGCAGAGGUUGAGGACGUUCUGUGAAGUAGACUGGCCAGAACUCAGAGUAGGCUGGCCAGCAGCAGGGUCGCUGGACCUAGGGAUAGUACUGCAAGUACACCAGAGGGUCUUCCACCCCACCACUGGACAUCCGGACCAAGCUCCAUAUAUCGAUGUCUGGCUUACAUUAGUACAACAUCCCCCCAUUUGGCUACAAAAGUGCAAAGCUGCAAGGUGUAGAUUAUUGGUUUCCCGCACCCUGCCAUAUAAAAAGGAAAAAACGAUCCCCACCAUCCUUCCUAGCUGCCCAGAGGAACUGCCCAAUCCACCACCAUAUCUCCCUCGGGGGGAGGGUGACAUUAGCCAGAGGGCAAGCACCUCACUUUCUGGCAGUACAGGAGAAGGAGCCGACACCUUCCUGAGAGCCAUGGACGACUUGGGUAUCCCCGAUUCACCAGGGGUACCUACCCCUAUUGACCGCUCCGCCCAAACCAGUUUGGAUGGAUCGGACAAGGGGGCCCGCCCGAAGGAGCGACAAACCCAGAAAAGCGAACAGAUCACCCCCUCCUCUGAUGAAUUAGAAGGAGCAGUGGGGGGACAAAAGUCGCCCCUUGGGAAACAGGAAGGCCCCAUAGCUGAUCGAACUCGCUCAAAGGAUACCAGGCAGAGUGAGGAAGCGGACUCAUCGGAAGACGGACCGGCUCUUCUGAGCCCUCUCAGGAGGGUAGAUCAGUCCGUCGUUGAACCGAACAGGGAGCCCGUAAUUGUCUCUGUGUUUCAACACGUCCCAUUUACCUCCUCGGACCUUUUGAACUGGAAAAUGCAUUAUGGUCCGUUUUGUAACAAACCAGCAGAGGUUACUGAUUUGAUUAAAACUAUUGUAGAUACCCACAAUCCAACUUGGAGGGAUCUACAACAGUUGAUGAGUACCAUCUUCAAUCCGGAAGAGAGGGAAAAGAUUAGGAAUGCCGCCCUUAAAAUCUUAAAAGGAACUAUGCCAGCCCGGGAUAUGACCAUUGAACGCUGGGUGGCUAGAAAUUUUCCCUCUGAAGAUCCAAGAUGGGACCCUUAUAAGAUCGAGGAUCUUAGGUCCCUUCAGGAUUACCAGCGCCUUGUGGUGCAGGCAAUCCAGGUGGCGGGGAAACCCACCACCAACAUGUCUAAACCUUCUUUGGUGAUCCAAGGUGCUAGUGAAGCCCCAGAAGCCUUCUAUGCCCGCCUCUUAGAUGCUUACCGAAUGUACACCCCCAUAGACCCAACUCAGCCUGAAAAUGCUCGCAUGUUGGCAAUGGCCUUCAUUUCUCAAUCUGCCCCUGACAUACGGCGAAAAUUGCAGAAAUUGGAGGGAGCUCUUGGGAAAUCAAUGAGUGAACUGAUGGAAGUGGCAAGGAAGGUUUUUGCGAACAGGGAUAAAAUUGAGGAACAGAAGCAGGAGCAAAAAAUGCAUAAAAAGGCAGAAUUGCUUGCUGCAGCUUUGAUGAGCGGCCCUGCCACCCGAGAUGGGCCACGACUGGGACGCUUAAUGGCUUUACAUGAAAUUGUAGCAAACUCCGGUUGGGAGGAUUUUAAUGUCCCUUCCCUGUGGGCUGAGGACAACCCCCCUGGAUUUGCUAGCCAUCAGACACCCAUCAUUGUCGAGGAGCUCCCUGCCAAACAUCCAAUUCGCCUUCGUCAACGGGCCUACCCUAGGCACAUUAUGCAAGCUAUUCAGGAAGUCAUUGAUCUCUAUCUGGCACAUAACAUUUUGGUCCCUACUGAAUCGGCAUGGAACACCCCAAUUUUGCCUAUUCCAAAAGGGGACGGUCGUUUCCGUCCGGUCCAAAAUUUAAAGCCAGUAAAUGCCGCUACAGUAACCAUUCAUCCUUUGGUCCCAAAUCCGUACGUUAUUCUGGGCUUGAUUCCCCAGACUGCGUCAUGGUUUUCGGUCAUUGACCUUAAGGAUGCAUUCUUUACCAUCCCAGUCCAUAAAAAGAGUCAACAUCUCUUUGCUUUUGAGUGGGAAAAUCCGGCUACUGGUCGUAAACAGCAGUAUACUUGGACCAGGUUGCCUCAAGGUUUUAAGAACUCCCCCACUCUGUUUGGGAAUGCCCUCGCAGCUGAUUUGGAAGCUUUGAACCUCCCCAUGCCGGAGGUCUUGUUGCAGUAUGUUGAUGACCUGCUGGUCACUGGCCAGACAAAGGACAUAUGCUGGCAAAACACUUAUGAUCUCCUACACCUCCUACAGCGACUGGGCUAUAAGGCUUCUCGAAAAAAGGCACAAUUGGUCUUGCAAAAAGUUAGAUACUUGGGCUAUGAUAUUGAGCCUGGAAAACGCACCUUGGGUCAUGAAAGAAAGGAAGCUAUUUGCCGCCUCCCCACCCCACGGACCAAAAGGGAUCUCCGGGGGUUUCUGGGGGCUGCUGGGUUUUGCCGUAUUUGGAUUCCUAACUUUAGCCUCCUUGCAAAACCCCUAUAUGAGGCAACCAGAGGUAGUGACCGGGAGCCACUCCUCUGGCGAAAAGAGGAACAGAAAAGUUUCUCAAGUUUAAAACAUGCUCUAAUGCAAGCCCCCAGUUUGGGCUUGCCAGACUUAGACAAACCUUUUCAGUUAUUUGUGGAUACUAAGCACAAUGUUGCUGUCGGGGUUCUCACCCAAAGGUUGGGAACCUGGCAUCGCCCUGUCGCCUAUCUUUCCAAGCAGCUGGAUCCUGUAGCGAGGGGUUGGCCAGCCUGUCUCAAGGCUGUUGCUGGCACGGCCCUUCUUACACAAGAGUCGUCCAAGCUCACCUUUGGCCAGGAACUUGAAAUACAAACCCCUCACGCCUUGAAGGCUGUCUUGGAAACAAAAGGCCAUUUGUGGUUAACCAAUCCCCGUAUGCUUAAAUACCAAGGCCUUAUCACUCACAACCCUAUGAUUGUUUUAAAGCAAUCUACUUCCUUGAAUCCGGCAACUCUCCUUCCUGAACCUGAUCUUGAUGCAGCCCAUGAUUGUAUUCAGACUAUUGGGGAAACAUAUGCCAGCCGCCCUGAUAUGUCAGAUGUCCCACUUCCCCGUCCUGCCCAUGUACUGUACACUGACGGCACUAGUUUCCUUCUGGAUGGGGUUCGCAAGGCUGGAUAUGCUGUUGUUACCCUUACGGAUAUAUGGGAAGCCGAACCCCUCCCUCCUGGUACUAGUGCACAGUUGGCGGAGCUCCAUGCUUUAACUAGAGCCCUUGAACUUUCUAAAAAUCUGGAUGUUAACAUUUACACAGAUUCUAAAUAUGCUUUUUUAACUGUUCAAGUCCACGGGGCAUUGUAUAAAGAGAGGGGACUUAUUACAGCAGGAGGAAAGGACAUCAAGUAUGGUCCACAAAUCCUCCGCCUGCUGGACAGUGUUUGGGCCCCUCGUAAGGUGGCUGUCAUGCACUGUAGGGGCCAUCAGAAAUCUCCCUCGGACACACAACUGGGUAACCAUAAGGCUGACCAGGAGGCUCGUCAUGCAGCGUUGCGACCUUUCAACCCGCAGCUGCACUGCCUCGCCUUAUGGGAUCCCCCAGAAUCUAUGCAGCCUCAUUAUAGUGCAUCUGAACUUGCCCAAGCCCGUGAACUCGAUGCUUCCCUACAGGGGGGUUGGUGGGUCUUGCCCGAUUCUCGUGUUUUCCUCCCGGGCCACCUGGCCUGGGAUGUCGUUAAUCAAGUCCAUGCGCACUUGCACCUGGGCAAGACUGCUCUGGCACAUGCCUUGUUGCGAGAACUCUAUAUCAACAAGGUCCAUAGCAUUGCAGCCAACGUCUGCUCCAGGUGCCACACUUGUGCAGCUAACAACCCUAGAACGGGACCCCAGCCCCCGCAAGGACAUCAGCCUAGAGGAGAUUUUCCUUUUGACUCACUUAUGAUUGAUUUCACCGAUUUGCCCCGCUCUGGUUCAUACACUGCCCUGCUUGUCAUUAUCUGUACCUAUUCGGGUUGGCCUGAGUGUAUCCCCACUCGCACCAAGCGGGCCUCGGAGGUCACGAAGGCCCUCUUGCAGCUUAUCAUUCCUCGUUACGGCCUGCCCUCUAAGAUCUCUUCAGAUAAUGGCCCGGAGUUCAUUCAUAAGGCAACGCACAAAAUUUCCACUAUGUUGGGUAUCCACUGGCGCCUUCAUUGUGCUUUUCACGCCAGCAGUGGUUCUUUUGUGGAACGGGUUAAUAGAUCGAUUAAGGACAAACUGGCAAAAAUUUGUCAGGAAACGCACCUCAAGUGGCCGGAUGCCUUGCCUAUGGCUCUGCUCGCUGUGCGCUGCGCUCCUCGCAAAGAUUUGCUUGUUUCCCCUUUUGAAUUGCUUUAUGGGAGGGUUCCCAACUUAGUUCGUCCCUCUCUGUCUUCCGAGACCCAAUUGGGAGACACUAUUAAGCUCCAACAACUUCAAUCACUUAAUCGAAUGGUUCACAAGUUACAGGAUUAUGUUUUGUCCUCCCGCCCGCACCUGUUUGUAACCCCCACUCACAACAUCUCCCCUGGUCAGGAAGUGUGGGUUAAGGAAUGGAAACGGGAACCUCUUUGUCCCAAAUGGAGAGGACCUUUCUCUGUAGUUAUGACUUCUCCGCUUGCUAUUAAAGUUGCUGAAAUUAAGCCUUGGAUCCAUUGGUCUCGAGUCAAGGUUGCUGCCUCCUCCGAUUGGCGGGUGGAUUGCCAUCCUGAGCAGCCUUUGCGGCUCACCCUUCGCCGACGGCGCACUGUACCUGUGGCUGCCCCUUCUGGUGACACUCCGGAAGCUGUCCCUCUACGAACGGGCGCCGAAGAGGAAUCCCCUGCAGGUAUUACUCCGGAGGCUAAUACCCAUCGCACGGGCAACGCUCCUCGCUUCACCCUGCGCUCUGGGAGGCAAGUCCCCACAGCAUCUCCUUGA